GAAAAUACAGCUUCUGAAAUGUCGUCGCCCAGCAGCAAUUGCCCGCACUUGGAAUCAGUUGGUGAGAUAACAAAAGAGGAACUGAUACAGAAAUCUCAUGGCACUUGCCAGGACUGUAAAGUUGGAGGACCCAAUCUUUGGGCGUGCUUAGAGAACAGAUGCACAUAUGUUGGUUGUGGUGAAUCCCACGUUGAUCACAGUACCACCCAUUCCCAGGAAACAAAACACUGUCUAACUGUGAACCUUACUACACUCCGUGUUUGGUGUUAUGCCUGUAGUAAGGAAGUGUUCCUGGACAGAAAAUUAGGAUCUCAUUCUCCACUACCUAAUGGAAGACUGUCUCAACAAGUGCAAGAAAAUAGUGUGCAGGAUUUUAAAAUACCUAGUAAUCCCACACUGAAGAUCCCACUAGCAGCUGUCUUUGAUGACUUAGAUAUAGAAGUGGAAGAAGAUGAGUUAAAGACUAGAGGUCUAACAGGAUUAAAAAAUAUCGGAAACACUUGUUAUAUGAAUGCAGCUUUACAAGCUCUUUCCAACUGCCCACCUUUGACCCACUUUUUUCUGGACUGUGGAGGCUUAGCCCGAACAGAUAAGAAACCUGCAAUUUGUAAAAGUUACCUCAAGCUGAUGACUGAGCUGUGGCACAAAAGCAGGCCUGGUUCUGUUGUUCCUACUGGUUUAUUUCAAGGAAUUAAAACUGUUAAUCCAACGUUUCGAGGCUACUCUCAACAGGAUGCACAAGAGUUUUUGCGUUGUCUGAUGGAUUUGCUUCAUGAAGAACUUAAAGAACCAGUUGUAGAACUGGAAGAUGCCCAGCCUAUGAGUGUUGAAGAGCAUAUGGAAGAAGACAAGAGCCAGUCAGAUGUAGGCUUUCAGCCCUGUGAAUCUUGUGGUACCUGUGAUAAAACAGAAAAUGACACGAUUUUCAAACCUGUCUUAGAGGAUCUGGCAGAGACAACCAUGUUAAUUCAGGAUGAUGAUAACUCAAUCACAUCCAAAGACUGGCAGAAGGAAAAAAUAUCAAGCAAUAAGCUUAAACGAGCAAAUUCUAUCGAUGACUUGGAAAAAGAGACAAACACUGCUUCAGAGACCACUGAAUUUUUAAAUAAUCAAGGAACUGUCAAAGUACAGAUACACAGCAGAUUCUCAGAGUACAUCAAUGAUGUGCACAUGAAUGAUGCAUCUGCAGCCCAAACCCCAUCAUCAAAUGAAGAGAUGAACACACGCUUAUCAAACAGCCCUCCAAAAUCCUUUUCAUCAUGCUCUUCACUCGCACCAGUCCACAAAAAAGUUUCUACUGUUUCAUCACCAAAAAGGAAGAAGCGCAAGAAGUACAGGAGUGUUAUCUCUGAUAUCUUUGAUGGGACUAUAAUAAGCUCAGUGCAGUGCUUGACUUGUGAUCGGCUGUCUGUGACUCUGGAGACCUUUCAGGAUCUGUCCUUGCCUAUUCCAGGUAAGGAAGAUCUUGCUAAACUCCAUUCUGCAAGUCAUCAGACAUCUCUAGUCAAGGCAGGAUCAUGUGGAGAAGCAUAUGCCCCCCAGGGAUGGAUAGCUUUUUUUAUGGAAUAUUUCAAAAGGUUUGUUGUCUCAUGUGUUCCUAGCUGGUUUUGGGGUCCAGUUGUAACCUUACAAGAUUGUCUUGCUGCCUUUUUCGCCAGAGAUGAGCUCAAGGGUGAUAACAUGUACAGCUGUGGAAGGUGUAAAAAAUUAAGAAAUGGAGUGAAAUUCUGCAAAGUGCAAAAGUUUCCUGAGGUACUGUGCAUUCAUCUCAAAAGAUUUAGACAUGAACUUAUGUUUUCCACAAAAAUUGGGACCCAUGUGUCCUUUCCCUUGGAAGGCCUGGAUCUUCAGCCUUUCCUUGCAAAGGACAGUCCAGCUCAAAUAGUAACUUAUGAUCUCCUGUCUGUCAUCUGCCAUCACGGAACUGCCAGCAGUGGACAUUAUAUAGCUUAUUGUCGCAACAAUUUAAAUAAUUUGUGGUAUGAAUUUGAUGACCAGAGUGUCACAGAAGUAGCGGAAUCUACAGUGCAAAAUGCAGAAGCCUACGUUCUCUUCUACAGAAAGAGCAGUGAAGAAGCACAGAGAGAGAGACGGAAAAUAUCUGGUCUGCUGAAUAUGAUGGAACCAAGUCUUCUGCAGUUCUACAUUUCCAGACAGUGGUUAAAUAAGUUCAAGACUUUUGCGGAGCCCGGACCAAUUUCAAAUAAUGACUUUCUCUGUAUGCAUGGAGGUGUUCCACCACACAAAGCUAACUUCAUAGAGGACCUAGCUGUAAUGCUACCUCAAAAUAUAUGGGAUAAUCUGUAUAGCAGGUAUGGAGGAGGACCAGCUGUUAACCAUCUCUAUGUUUGUCACACCUGUCAAAUAGAGUCUGAAAGAAUUGAAAAAAGAAGGAAGAAUGAACUGGAAAUGUUUAUUCGGCUUAACAGAGCAUUCCAAGAAGAAGAAUCUCCAUCAACUUUUUACUGCAUCAGUAUGCAAUGGUUUAGAGAAUGGGAAGGAUUUGUAAAGGGUAAAGACAGUGAUCCUCCUGGUCCUAUUGAUAAUGCUAAGAUUGCAGUAACAAAAUGUGGAAGUGCUGUGCUGAAACAAGGUGCUGAUUCUGGACAAAUAUCUGAAGAAACAUGGGAUUUUCUUCAGUCAAUCUAUGGUGGAGGUCCAGAGAUUAUACUCAGACCACCUGUUCCUCCAGUAGAACCUGAUAUCUUGCAAACAGAGGAGAAGAUUGAAUUAGAAACUCAUGGUCUGUAGCUAUUGAGAAAGAUAUGACCUUGUAAGGAAUCCAGCUUCCUUACAAAAUGCCCAAAAUACAUUCCUAAAAAUGUUAUUCUCUUAUGUCUGUUGGAGGCACAGCUCACUGGGCAUUACAUUAAUUACAGAACAGUAAGUU